GCAGGUGCAGGCAGCUUCUAGCAGCGCUAGCAGCACGCGAGAUGAACCAAAACAAACUGCCAAAAAUGUAUGUGGAAACAUUGAACGGGCAUUAAAUCAAUGUGAAGGUGCAUGAUACUGCAUUAAUAUUGUCUCCGUAUACAAAGGCUCUUGAAAAUAUUGAAAUCAUGGUUGACGCAUUUUUCGAUUCGAUCCCAUGGGAUGAGUUGCAAGAAACCCAAAGUCCAAUAUCUGAGGACUGCAAAAACUUUUUUGAUUCUUUGACCAAUAACAAGACAAUGUCUCCAUAUAUAGCAACUAAAAAUACAAAAGCUAAUGAGCCAAACACAAACAAACCUACAGACAGUACAGACGCUGCAACUCAGAUGUCAAGUAUCAAAUUCGUCUUCCCUCGACAGAGCUCUCUGACAGCACCUCAUCAAGCAUUUUACUUGGCAGCCCGAUAUGGAACUCAGGCAGCCAAAAGGAGCCAGCCACUGUUCCAAAGGUUGCACCGCCUUGUUUUGGUUGAGCAAAAGGAGUUCAACGAAUGGGCAGCAACGAUCACUAUUCCGUCUUCACAUCACAAAGGCUUGCUGCUCCAAGGUGCCUCUCUUCUGUCAGCCAGGAAAGAAUAUGUGCCAGAUCUAAUUUUUAAACAGCCGUACAGCCUUCACAAGGAGCUGCCAAUGAAGAAGCCUGCUCGGAGUUCCGUACACCUGAGGCCAGUCCAACACUUAUUCUCGGAAGGCCGAGUCGCAGCUUGUCGGCAACUUGAAGGGACUAUUAACUGUACACUUCCAGUCAAAUUUAAUGUCAGCAAAAGAAGUACUGCUUUAAGCAGUGAUUCGGUGGCUCAAAAAUUGGCCAGUGAGCAUUCUGCAGAUGUUUUGAUAUGUCCCAGUGCUGUUUACGCCUUGGUUAAUCCAGCUGGGACAGAUGUUGAUGUGCCCCUGACAGUUAAACAGAUUGCAGGUUCGGACGGGAAAAGUCAUCGUGUUCUUGUGCUGGACAGGACACUUUCUGCAGUCAAUCUCAGCGAGCAGAAGAAAAUUAGAUGGGCUGCAAGAAAAGCUGCUAAAAGAGAAUUUUUUAAAUUCGACAAAAGUUAUUUUGAUUUCUCAAAGAUGAGCGUCCAAGUUAAUAAAAGUGAUUUUACCCAGCAACUGAAAGACUACUCCGCUGCUAAGACUGGCCAAUUAAAUAGAAACCAUACAUACUCCCUGUGGUGUCUUGAGCACGAGCGCACGUCCAGAAACGCAGACAGUGCUUGGGGAAGACAAGGCUGCCCCAUUAGAUUACUUGUCAGAUCUCAGUGCCAUGGCUUCCAGGAAAGAGACCAAGCAGCACCACUGUUUGUACACUUAGGAGUAAAACUGGAGCACCGACCUGAAUGGGGUGCCGAGUUAUUAAACCAAAGUGAAAUAAUGCGAGACUGGGUUGCUACAUUAUUGAGACCUGAAGCUAUGCUUCUCAGAGCUAGGGUGGAUGCCAAAACUUUAGAGGUUAUCCAAGUUGAGCCAAAAGACUCGAGAACAGUAGCGAGUGAAGCCCGCCAAGGGGGCAUUAACUGUCCAGCUACUCUCAGUGGCCUCCACACUUUGCUUUCGGAAUUAAUGCAGCUGCCUGAAGGCAAUUUCAUCUUGCGUGUUAAACCGCAGAGAGCUGAAGUUCUCGUCUUUGGCCCUGCACUGCCAGGGCAGGCAUCAGUCAACCUUGACGAGGAGUACAAGAAAGAUGUUCCUGAUGUGGAUAACUCUGUUUUGAGUAUUGCCAUUGACCCAAAUGUUGUCACUCCUUUCUGUAUGCAAAAUCAACGAGUGCCUGCCACCUUCCUCCCUCUGACGUCUCCUACUAAGUCCAAUCCCAAAAAGAAAUCCAGGAAUAAGCGUAAAAAGGCAUCGCUUGAAAAUAAUAUAUAAUAAAGACAGUGGAGGCUCCUAAAUGCAGCAAGCAGGAAGAAUAUUAUUUUAAUUUUGCCUCCAGAAAAUUUUAAUUCACAUGUGAAAUAGGUAAAUAAUGAUAAAAAAAAAUGAGCAAACACGGAUUUAUAUUACUUUUGCUUACUUAACUUAUUUGCAUUUUGUUAGUCGCGAGAUCCUUUGGCUAUAUUUUGAAAAUUUAAGUUCACAUUAACAAAACUAGAAAACUCCCGCUCCUCAAGCGGAAAUUGUUGCUGUAUUGAGUUGUCACUGUUGCCCCAGGUUACUUGUAAGCUGAAGUAUUAUGUAUUGUUUUUUAAUUAAGCCUCGAAUUUCUCACAAUUUAAGUUUUAAGUCAAUUCCUGAACUUGUUUUUAUUAAUUCUUCGCUUUCAAUAAAAUAUAGGUUACUGCAAUAUUUUAAU